AUGGCUACUCGGUGAGUUGUGCGGGUCGGCCGCAUCCUGUCAGCGAGAAGCGGCUCCAUUCUCAGGACCCUAACCUGUGGCGGUACCCGUUAAAAUGGUCGAUGGCCACACCGGAAAGCGCACAGAGGCCGUUGCAAAUGUUGUAAACGCCAUACUUUACAUAUGCCGUCUGAUGGUUAUUGCACUGCAGUCGGCACCAGUAAGGGCCUUAAUGUGGGUGGAAGACCGCCCAGUGUCUUGAUGGACAGCCAAUCGGAUCCUCGGCUCAGCGCAGUCCUCUAUAGCACCACCUGCUGGAACAUCGUAUCUGAGUGGUCUCUUCUGUACGGCAGUCAGCGGUUGCACUGAGCUCAUGGCGGUGAAGGAUCGCGUGGAGGCAGUGCUCAAUGUGGGCCUGCGUGUCCCCAGCAUCAUGCUACUGGACAUUCUGUACCGCUGGGACGUCAGCUCCUUCUUUCAGAAGGUCCAACGCUCCAGCCUGUCCAACAACCCUCUGUUCCAGUACAAGUACCUGGCCCUUUACCUGCAUUAUGUGGGUUACAUUCUGAGCCUGGUGCUGCUCACGCUGCCUCGUCAGCACCUGGUCCAACUUUACCUCUAUGUGCUGACUGCCCUGCUCCUCUUUGCUGGCCACCAGGUGUCCAGGGAUUAUGUGCGCAGUGAGCUGGACUCUGGCCACGAGGGACCCGUGUACUUGGAACCUCUCUCCAUGAACAGAUUCACCACAGCACUCGUAGGUCAGCUAGUCGUGUGUACGUUGUGUUCAUGCGUGAUGCAGACCAAAAGGAUUUGGCUCUUCUCGGCUCAUCUGCUUCCUCUGGUGGCCAGACUGUGUCUGGUCCCUCUGGAGACCAUUGUCUUCAUCAACAAGUUCUCCAUGAUCUUCACGGGCCUGGAGGUCAUUUACUUCCUGGCGUCCAACCUUCUGGUGCCGUACAACCUGGCCAAGACUGCCUACAGGGAGCUAGUCCAGGUGGUGGAGGUGUAUGGACUGUUGGCUCUGGGAAUGUCCUUGUGGAACCAACUGGUCCUCCCAGUGCUCUUCAUGUGUUUCUGGCUGCUGCUCUUUGCGCUGCAGAUCUACUCGUACUUCAGCACCAGAGACCAGCCCACCUCUAGAGAGAGGCUCCUCUUCCUCUUCCUCACAAGUAUCGCAGAGUGCUGCAGCACGCCAUACUCCCUCCUGGGUCUGGUCUUCACUGUCUCCUUCAUUGCUCUGGGCGUCCUCACGCUCUGCAAGUUCUACCUGCAGGGCUACCGGGCCUUCAUGAACGACAACACCAUGCACAGGGGCAUGACAGAGGGCAUCACCUUGCUCAUCCUGGCCGUCCAGACCGGACUCAUCGAGCUGCAGGUCAUCCACCGAGCCUUCCUGCUUUCCAUCAUCCUCUUUAUUGUGGUUGCCUCCAUCCUGCAGUCCAUGCUUGAGAUAGCCGACCCCAUCGUUCUGGCACUGGGGGCCUCCAGAGACAAGAGUUUGUGGAAGCACUUCCGAGCUGUAUCACUGUGUUUGUUUCUACUCAUCUUCCCGGCGUACAUGGCUUACAUGAUCUGUCAGUUUUUCCACAUGGACUUUUGGCUCCUCAUCAUCAUCUCUUCCUCCAUUCUCACCUCACUACAGGUGCUGGGCACCCUGCUCAUCUACGUGCUCUUCAUGGUAGAGGAGUUUCGCAAGGCUCCUGUGGAGAACAUGGAUGAAGUAAUCUACUGUGUCAAUGGGACCUACAGGCUGCUGGAGUUCCUGGUGGCGGUGUGCGUGGUCUGUUAUGGCGUGUCUGAGACAGUGUUUGGAGAGUGGAGUGUGAUGGGCAGCACCAUCAUCCUUGUGCAUUCCUACUACAACGUGUGGCUUCGAGCACAGUUGGGCUGGCAGAGCUUUCUGCUGAGGCGGGAUGCUGUCAAUAAAAUCAAAAGCCUACCGACGGCGAGCAACGCUCAGCUGCGCCAGUACAACGACAUCUGCGCCAUCUGCUACCAGGACUUGAACAGCGCUGUCAUCACCCCAUGCAGCCAUUUCUUUCACGCUGGCUGUCUGAAGAAGUGGCUCUAUGUGCAGGAGACGUGUCCUCUUUGUCACGCUCAACUGAAAAGCCAAUCAGCUGCCAGCGCAGCUCCGAACGCAGACACGCCCCCAGCCAACCAGAGGCCUGCAGGACAGGAAGACUCCACAGAUCUUAGGGAGGAUAACACUGGAUAUCAAGAAGGAGAUGCUGGACAUGCCACAAAAUCUUCUGCAUCAUCUUCAUCUUCCACCACCGAGUCAUCUUCCUCCUCUUCCUCCCACAUGGUGGACACCCACCCGUAUCCCCCAUCUCCCACCUCCUCACAGCUGCCCAUCCAAGAGGCUGCUAUGCCAAAUGGCCCGGAACCGCAACCAAUCCCAGGAGUUCUAUUUGGACAAUCACGACUUGUUAGCCCAUGAGCCCCGACCACAUGUGACACACAGACAUGCAUGUAAGCCAACACGCUAACUUGUCCACUGAUUGGCUCUCCCAUUGUGUCCGGAACACUUUCAAAACCACAAUGCCCCUUUUUUAGAACGCAAAAGCCAGGAUUCCCUCCCCCUGCUGGCUGCAAGAAAAAUGACAACUAUGGUAAUUCUACUAUUGAAGUGACAUCACUAGUAGGGCACAAGUACCCUCAUCCUUGCUCAGCCACCUUUGGACGCUUAGACGUCUGACAUUUUAUCACACAACGCCGCCACAUUGCAGUCCAGUGUUACAAAUCCUUGUUAGUUUUGCUUCCUGGCACCCCACCCAUCCAAAAACAUUCCUACCAGCAGUUUGAGCCGCGUGAUGGGGGAACAUGAAGCCACAUAUACGCACUUGUGCGCUGCCUGAACAGUUGUAAUGUUGCAUGCCUCUUAUGUAGAUGCCUGCACAUUUCCACGGCUACCAAGGCAUCUCUUACUUCUUCCCCUGAUGUGCUCCAGUCUCCAAAGCGGUGAUUUGGCUUUUGGGAUUGGUGGGUGGUGUGGCCACAUUUGCAUUGAUGUCAUCUCUAUAAGCGACGAUCCAAAGCUGUCGUGCAACGUCCGUAACCAAACGAGUCAGUUGCCACGUCGAGGCUUCUCAUGUUACUUGUCUUUGGCUUUGCCCUCCAGUCCAUAUGAUGCAUCCUACAGCUGGCGUGAUCACUCUGGUGCCCUCUACUGUUAGGAGUGGGAUCAGCUGGACGCAGACGACUCGGAGUGGCGCCCGUUACCUUAACGCAGUGUUAGCGCUCUUGUCAAGGUCAAAUAACUCCCAGUGCAGGGGUGGGUGGGGACAGUGUUGAGCAUGAAUACAUGAUGAAUGUAGGAUAAGACCUGCCCCCUCCCCCCACACCACUGAAAUGUUUGAUUAUUUUUGUAUGAGAUGAAAUGUAUACUUUGAUGUAUUUUGCACAUGAGCUCCAUGCCAUCACUGGUGACUUCAAAGCACUCAAAGCUGCUUGAAGGAGAUCCUACUGGUCAGCACCACUCCAAAUCCUAGAAAUGUACUCCUGACUGUUAAAGCUCAUCACCUGUUCACUCUAGAACCUUCUAGAACGAGCGUAGCUAUGUUACAAAGCACCUGAGGUGAAGUGUUGACUUGAUCUAGGUCAGAACUUAACCCCAAUCCUGUGGGGGUUCUUGUAGUCCUGUGACUCUUGAGGAUCUUGUGUAAGGAAGGCCAGGUGCAUUGUUGGAUUGUGGCAUUUUUCACAAAUUAAAAUGAAGCAUCCACUCUGCACUGACUUUUUUUCU